GCCGGGCGUGACUUCCGGCGCUCCGAUGGUCCCCGGUGCUCCGGCGCCGCAGCAUAUGAUGCAUUAUCAGAUGCAACAGCCGAUGAGGCCCUACGCGCCAAUGCCGAACGGCUACUCUGCUCCGCCGCAGGGAACCGUUCCUCCGCCUGUGUCUUGAUUGAAUACGGUGAGAAAGGUUGGAAGGCUUGCUCAUAAUGGUUUGAGAACUCUCCCCCCUACAAAUUUUUUGGUAUGCGUAUAUGUAUUUUUAAGUUUCAUGUUGGCUGAAAUUGGUCUUGGAGUUUAUAAGUUGAAAUGAUAUUCCCAAUUCGGAACAGUUUACUGCUCAACUUGCCCUGCUAAAGUUGUAUUACGUCGUGUUUAUGUCUUUCUGGUAGUGUUUUAAGGAUACUUUCCCUGUCAUGGGUCUAUGAAUUUCCACGAAGCAGACACUGUUUGCAACUGAGUGCUCAUUGGCAUUGUUUUUCUAAGGUAUCACAACCCUUCCAAUUGCAGUCUCUCUAUCCAUAGAUAUGUGCAUGCUAUAUGUCCAUCCAUCACCCUUCCAAUUAUUGAUUUCUUUUCUAUGUUGUGUUUGUGUAUUUAAAAUCGUUUCUCGUACUCAUAAUGCAUUGACUGCUGAUAAGUUUUUGAGAGACAUUAGACUUUUAAUGUAUAUGAAUAUUACAAUUCCCAAUCUUACGCUUGGGAAUGGAUGUUCAUUUUACUUGAAUCCCAAAAUUUGCACUCUGUCGAUGGGGCUCUCUGAAGACUACCAUCGUGCAAGUGGAUGCACAAGGUAAGCACAAUUUACUCAUACAUGGUUUAUGAAUGCAAUUCUAUUUUUCAUUAAUUUCUCCUUCAGGUUAUAUAUUCAGCUGGUGUUUGCUAUAAUGCCUGUGCUGCCAUCUCUAAAAUUCUUUUAGUGUGUGGUAACAUUUUAAUAGUAUUUAAAUGGUUUAUCUUGUAGGUGCUGUUAUGUCAAACACUCUCUAAUGCUUUUGCAAGGUAUUUGUUUUUGUUUAUGCAGGACUUAUUCGUUAUCCCUCUCCAUAUCCUACAAUGCUUCGGCCUGGUUUUCCAUCACGACCACCUGGAGGAAUUGGUAUGCUUCCAUCUAUCCAACGCCCUCCUAUGCCGGGAAUUCCUGGGGUUCGCCCCAUUUUGCCUCCUGUUGUUAGGCCAGCUCUUCCUACUGUUACUCCAGCUGAGAAACCACAAACAACCGUGUAUGUUGGAAAGAUAGCGCCAACAGUAGAUAAUGAUUUUAUGUUAUAUCUCCUUCAGUUAUGUGGACCUGUCAAGAAUUGGAAGCGUGCUCAAGAUCCCACAGGGACCCCUAGAGGCUUUGGAUUUUGUGAGUUUGAAUCUGCUGAAGGGGUCCUCCGUGCAUUACGCCUUCUGAGUAAAUUCAACAUUGAUGGGCAGGAGCUGGUGUUAAAUGUUAAUCAAGCAACAAGGGAGUUUCUGGAGAGGUUUGUUAAAAACAAAACUGAAAACUCAGAGAAGCUGAACGACAGUCAAGCUGAGGGAGAUGAGAAAGGGGGUCAGAGUACUGUUGAUAAGACUGUAGUUCCAAAUUCUGGUGUGGAUCCGAAAGCGGGGGACAGUAGUUCAGGGAACAAAGAAAGCAACACUGCGAACUUUGGGGUUGUGACUGAUGAAGACAAGGAAGCUGACAGGAUGGCUUUGGAGAAGCUUACAAGCAUGAUAGAGGAGAGAUUAAAAACAAAUCCUCUGCCUCCACCGCCUCCACUUGCUCCUGGCGAUCGUACUGGUAAUUCCAUCUCAGAGCCUCCUGCUAAGUCAAGGGAUGGAGAUCCUGAUGUGGAUAUGACAAGAAAUGAUGCGUCUGACGAAAAAAAUGAUGAAGAGACAACUAGUGAUAACAAAGCAGAGAAUGAGCAGGACAGGCCUGGAACAAGCUCACCUGAGAAGAGUCGAAAGCCUGAUAAAAGUAGAGAAAGAGACAGAGAGCGAGAUGUGAAACAGGAAAAGGAGCGAGAGAUUGAAAGAUAUGAAAGAGAAACAGAGCGAGAACGGAUAAGGAAGGAAAGAGAGCAAAGGAGGAAACUGGAGGAUGCAGAACGCAAGUUUGAAGAAUGUCUCAAAGAUUGGGAGUAUAGGGAAAGGGAGAAACAGAAACAGCGGCAAUAUGAAAAAGACAGGGAGAAAGAUCGGAAAACCAAACGGAAGAAAGAUGUAAUUAAUGAAGAAGACGAUGAGGAAGAAGAUUCUAGGAAAAGGUGGCGGAGGAAUGCGUGGGAAGACAAGAGGAAGAGGAGACAAAGGGAGAAGGAAGAUGACAUGGCUGACAGAUUAAGAGAAGAGGAAGAGAUUGCUGAGGCCAACCGGAGGGCUGAGGAGGAAAAGCAGCUACAGAAACUGAGAGAUGCACUGAAGGCUUCAUCUGACCAUUUUACAGAUGAAAGAGAAAAGGCUGAUUUGGCUGAAGAAUCCUGUGUGGAAUCAAAAGAUAUGGGUAUUAAACAGGAGAGUGACACUGGUUCUGGUCAUGAGAACCAUAUAGGUGAUGGGACUCUACAAAACGGGAACACUGGGUAUGAUUCAGCCAUGACAGCAGAACCCCAGCAGAGUGGGAGUGCCGCAGCCAAAAAGUUGGGUUUUGGCUUAGUCGGCUCUGGGAAACGUACUUCUGUUCCUUCUGUUUUCGAGGAGGAGGAUGAUGCGCACAAGGACAAAAAGAUGAGGCCCCUGGUCCCUAUUGACUAUUCAACUGAAGAACUACAGGCUGUUGAACCUGCUGCUUCUGGGCAAGCGCCAUCAAAUUUGGCUGCAGCUGCAGAAUUUGCAAAGCGAAUAUCCACUGUUGGUGUUAAAGAAGAGAAGUACGAUGCAGAGAAGGAGAGAAACAGACGUGCUAAUGAUAGGUCGAGUCAUCGGGACAGGGAUAGAAAUGAUGAUGACAGUAAUCGAACUAGAGAUGAGAACAAGGAGAAGACUAGCGACCGUGAUACAGAACGGGAACAUGGGCGGGAUAAACCAAGGACAACAAAUAAUAAGAAGCUUAUGGAUGCAAAACAACUGAUUGAUACGAUUCCAAAGACGAAAGAGGAGUUAUUUUCAUAUGAAAUUAAUUGGGCGAUUUAUGAUAAGCAUGCACUUCACGAGAGGAUGAAACCAUGGAUUUCAAGGAAGAUCACAGAGUUCCUUGGAGAGGAAGAAGCCACACUGGUAGAUUAUAUUGUAUCUAGCACGCAAGAACAUGUGGGAGCUGAACGCAUGCUACAGCUGCUUCAAUCCAUUUUAGACGAGGAAGCUGAAAUGUUUGUUCUCAAGAUGUGGAGGAUGCUUAUCUUUGAAAUUAAGAAGGUAGAGACAGGCUUACCGUCAAAGACAAGAUCAUGAUGUUGGUCCAUGUAGUCGGUAUAAAUAUUCCUUUGAUUUCCCUUUUUGCAAGGUUAAACCACAUUUUUCAGUUUGUAUUCCUACAAAUUGCAACUAGUCCAUGAACAAAUAAACCCAUUUUUGUCUUGUAGCUUCCUUGGGUUUGUAGAUCUGAACCAAUUAGAUGUCCUAUUGGCGAUUCUUGUCGAAUCUGAUGUCUUUAAAUACUUUCAAUAUUUGUGAAAUGAAAAGAAAAGUAAUGUUUGAUCUU